AUGGGGCAGAUCAUUACAAGUAGAAUCAGAAAUCUAGACUUAUUCGCAACCCCUAUUGGCUUCACUAUUGGCAGAAAGCAUGUUCAGGUUCCCUCGACCUUAUGUUCGUUAAUAAUUUCAGCAAUCGUUCUUGGCUUCAUGGUGAUCCUGGUUCUUGAAAACAUCAAGCAAGUUCAGCAAGUCGAAACCAUCACUACAACAUCUACACCAACUUGUCCGAAUAGAAGACAGCUUACUCAGAGCUCAACCUCAGGGUCGCCAUUUGAUGGAGGCAACACGAGAUCGAUCACCACUGAUUUUGCAGUAGGCAGUUCUCUGACUUAUGUUGAGCAUGAAGUGGUUGACUCUGCAUUGACUCAAGCUCCCAUAUAUCCGUUCCAGCACGGGUUCAAUGUUGCUUUGUGUCCUAAUAAGCCAGUAAACACCGAAUAUGCUAUGAUAAUGGGUCUAACUUUAGUAAACUCAGAGUCUGUUGCCAUUAAUCCAACAUCUUGCUCUACUACACUAUUCCCUGAAGAAGUCAGAGAAGAACUUUCAAAAAUCGACCUCUCCGAGUGCAUUUGUCUGAAUAAUCCCCAAGAUAUUGAGCUCAAAGGUAACCUUCAUCGAUCAGAUUGCUCCAUGUUUGGAUUAGUGAGCAUGAGUAUGAACUGAACCUCCAAUUGUGAUGCACAGGCCGAAUACAUGAAUGGACUGGCUUACACAAUUUAUUAUACUAACGGGUACUACAUUCCGAACAGCAAUCCUUCACAUGGGUUCAAACUUGCAGAGCAUACCAUCUAUGAGUCCUUUGAUUCUAAAGAGAUUUAUCUGUUUGUUAAAGAACACAUUGUCAAAGCUAUAGACGGAAGAGAAGAAGUGUUCUACACAGCAUCCAUUCAAAGUCGAUCAUCUUUCAAAUACACCAAUAAUAUCUUAUUUGCUUACUAUAUUUCCAGAGACAAUGCUAUUUAUUCUGCUCCGAAGCAAGUGUAUAUCCAAGAGUACCUUAAGCCUACCUUCACUCCUCUCUCAGCAAGAAACCUCAAAUCUAGUAGCACCACUCAAAUCAAAGAAGAGACCAAGAAGAUGGCUAUUUAUUACAGAAUUUUAUACAUAAUGGCCACUGCAGGAGGUCUUUGUGCUACCUUGUUUCUAAUAUUUGGAUUGGUAUUCACCCCUAUAAUGAAUGGAUUGCGCAAUGUCAAUACCAUGAACGAAAUUAACCAGGAAAAUAACUUUGCUUUCGACAGCUAUCAACAAAUACAGAAAGAUAAGGAAGAAGACUUAAAGAUCAUGAAAAGAGCCAUCAUUCAAGAGGUCAUUCAGAAGCAGAGCCGAUUAGAAGAAAGUAAAGAACUUCUUGAGGAGCAUAAGCUUGAAAGACAACAUGAAUUCCAGUAUCAAAAAGCUCACGCCAUGGCUCAGCCAAUUGACCCCUAUAAUGCUCACCAUGAUUUAAAGACUCCAAAUCAGCGUAGUUAUCAGCAAGAGGACAGGCCUAAAAACCCUAAAACCCCAGCCAAGCUUAAUUCUAACAAAAAGAGCGAGAUAGAAAUGGUCCAUUUCGCCCAAGAAGAGGUGAGCUUGCCGCUUGGAGACUCCCAAAGUAGUAGAGACUCUGCCCUUUCAGAGCUAGAAGAGAAGGAAGGUCAAUACACUGCAAGGGAUAUGUGGGCCCAUCUCUUCUCAUGCCUUAGACCUAGGCAGAAGGGUGAUGAGCCAGAUGGUCACAAGAAAAUCCCAUUUUCUGAAAAUCUCAGGAUGAUGAGAGAGGAAACAGACAUUGCUAAAUUUUUAUCAACUGUGUCUAGCUUAGAGAGAAAGAGCAAUUCCCUGGAGGAAAAUAUUAAUUCAGCAUUUGAUAAGCUUAAGCCAAAGGCUGCAGCUAAUUCUCAGAAUAAUUCUGGCAAGAGAUUGGAAGAAGAGAAGAAGCAGAACCAUCUAUUCUCAGAAGUAGAGAUCUUGAAGAAGUCCAAGUCUAUUCAUCAAGCUGAGAUUGGCUAAGGAUCAAAUAAUAACUUUACAUAAUUCUGAGACUAUUCAGUUCCCAUUAAUUACAAUUGUUCUGGGGUUUUGACAUUGGCAUGUUUUGGAAGUUUGCAUAUGUCACGCUCUUGUUAAAUCCUCCACCAAAACGUGCAGCUCCAAAACUAAGAAUGUUAAAUUAUGUUCAUAAUUAUUUAGAAAUAGAACUUUAGACGUAAUUUACAGAUUCUGUGUAACAGGCAAUUUGGAGGAUCAAACUAGGCAGCAGACCAGUAAAUAGGCGAAUAUGGUAAAUAGCUAAUUUUAUAUAAAUUUCUGGCAAAACUAAAAAUAGAGGCCUAAGAUGAUUAGCCUCCAGCAUAAAAAUAAAUAUCUGACUCUAGUCAAGACAACCCGAUAUUAUCCCCAAGUAGAAGUAUCUCUGUACUUCUAGAGCAUGGCUUGCCUAGAACAGAUGCCUUA